CCGACUACAAUGAACGUCGGUCAUACGCGCCCAAUGGCUAGACUUCCAUCGAGUUACAGUGGAAUAUAUCUGUUCCGCUUGAUAUACACAGCCUUUCUUAGCACAGGUUUAUGCAGGGCUCUGUCGCUGACCUCCGAGGGCCCCCAGACCAUAAGGAGGGCCGUGGGCGACCGCGUGACUCUAGGAUGUACCUACGAAUGGGGCGCCUCCGACCGCGGAGACCUGGACAUAGAGUGGUCCCUGGUCAGCCCUGAUACCACCAUGAAAGACCAAAUGCUGCUGUCCUACAGCAAUGGAAAGAAAUACAUCCAUACAUCCACAGAAGGCAUCGACUUCACCGCGUCCGACCCCUCUAAGGGGGAAGCUUCACUCUCCAUCGCGGUGCUCUCCCCCCCGCACAGCUCCACCUACCAGUGUAAAGUCAAGAAGUCACCUGGGGUGGACAUGCGCAAGGUGACACUGGUCGUCAUGGAAAAGCCCUCCGUGCCUAAGUGUUGGAAAGAGGUAACCAAUUCUCUGGCAGAGUCGCUCUCAUUGCAAUGCAAGUCCUCGAAGGGAUCCGCGCCAUUAAAAUACACGUGGACGAGAGGGCGGGGAAGCCCGUUCCCGCAAACACUGACACAGAACGGUGUGACCGGACAGCUGUUGAUCCGAAACUAUUCGCUGAGCCUGGCGGGGUUCUACCGCUGCACGGCCUCCAACGACGUGGGGGAGGAGCAGUGCACCAUCCACCUGGCGGACGAAAAACCGCCGAGCCGAGCUGGGGUGAUUGUGGGCUCUGUGGUGGGCUCCAUCCUGCUCAUCACCCUGCUUCUACUCCUCCUCUGGCUCCUGCUGUGUAAGCUCAGCGACCGACGCCGCAACCAAAAGGAGUUCUCCAAUGAAAUAAGGGAGGAUGCUCCCGCCCCAGAGAGCCGACCUACCAGUCGUUUCACCAACAGAAGCACCAGCCAGUACCGGGGGGGCAGUUACAGCCAUGUAUCCAGGCCAGAGCCUUACUUUAUUGGGGACAGCGAGUUCACUUCCCCCCAAUCCACCACCAGCCCUGGAAGCACAACUUUCAGCUAUUCCGCCAAGUAUGGAGAUGUGGUAUGAUUAGGGCACUUACGCUGCCCUGGUUCCCCAAGAUGAACUGUGUAUUUACACGUGUAUUACUAAUUUAAAGUUUUUACAUUAAAAAUAAUGGAGCAAGCAUUCAUUAGAAAUAAAAUGUUUCAACACUGUGAAAUCCCAUAUGCAUAUGAAAUAUAUAUCAAUAGUUAGUUUUCGUUAUUAUCCCUAUUAGUGAACUAAUUAAAUUACACACUUAAUAAUUAUCUUUGGAUCACCCGACAGCCUUUUUGAGCCAACGCUACACAGAAAGUGCCUAAUUAUGUGUGUGUAUUAAAUAUGAAUAUUCAUAAUUGAAAAUGUGUGUCUUUUUUUGAUUCGUAGUUCGUCAUUUGACACACAAACAGGGUUCGAGCAAAAAAACAUUAAAUCCCAUACAUAGACAAAAAAGAGAAAUAUUUAUUUCAUCAUAGACGUCAUUUUUGAAAUACUCAACCAUUCAAAAAAAUUUACACAAUUAAGUUAUCUUUUUUUCCACGUUUUCAUGAGGAUGUACUGACAGGAGUUGAAAUAUCAACGGCCACAUGCGAUGGUCUCCUUGUUCUCCAUCCACGACACUAACAGAGACAACCCCCCCCCCCCCGUCUCUCUCUGAGAUUACAUGGAGGCCUACUACAGUGUUCCACCGUCCAAAGCUCUCAAAGCUUUCUCUGAAACAAGACAAGGUGGUAUGACUCGUGAUCGAGGGGCAGUUGGCAUUUGGAACAUAAGAUUGUAAGACAGUCCAAGAGGCUUAGUAUAUCAUCACGAACAUCGCCUUCUUCAGGUCCAUCAGUCUUGGUGAACAGUCAGUGUAAUGGUUUUCAGGUUAUGGUUUUGCUUGCUCCACUGGCUGUUAUUUGGCGUAGUGGGGGGAUGAGAAGGGUUAGUACAUUUUUCGUCUGUAAUAAACUUUUGAGCUCUCGAGGAGCAUCUUCAAAUGAACAUUGUAUGGGAAUUUUGAACAAUUGUCUUUUAAAAAGUUGUGACUUCACUUUGACUCUGUGAACACUACAUUUUACACAUUAACAUAAUUACUUUUUUAGUCGAAAGGUUUCAUUAGAAAAAGCUGCAUUUAUAUUUCCUCCCCAUGAACAGCGACAGUCUGACCCUUAUAGGACUGUUCAACUUCAACAACAUACAGUCGUUUUAAGAUUAAGAAUACGUUUGAAUUCAAUAAAUUAAUCCUUUUAGCAGUUGGUUUGACCAAUAUCUCUAACUGGACAUGUAUUAUUCGAUGUACUGUUUCAUGUCAUGUUUUACUACAUUUCCCAACAACAAGAAAACCUGUAAACAAGCUUUGAAAAUGACAUCAGAAACCACGGUCUGUGUACUACUUAACAGAGAAGUGGGAGAAGUACCCCGACAUCAGAACAGACCGAGACGGAAACUUUGACGGCACUUUGAAAAAUACUGGAGAAGAAAAUAAACGGAUACACGAAGAUGUUUACUGCUGAAUAUCCACCAAACCACAGUGGGUACUUCUGCCUCCUGGGCAGUUAACUAGUUCACAGACAGUGUUGUAACUUCAUGUUUAAAUAACACUGGUUUCCACCAGUCCACAAGGUGCCAAAAAAAACUCAAUCACACAAGGAACAUGAUUAAUGUCAUCCCACCACCA